AAUAAUGUCUCUACAUCGACCACGUUUUUAUAGGUGCUGCUCAUCUUCUCAGCAUAGCGAGAGGGAGGCUCCCGUAGCUUCCUCGUACGGGGUUGAGUUCCUCGCAGAUGGCUUUCCACCUUAUGCUACAAGCGGUUGCAAUAGGGAGACUUUCACUGCUAGUGUUGAUAGGCAGACUAUUGAUCCGACCCCUCAGUUUAAUGCGAGUCGUCCUGAGGAGAUUCAUCGAUUGAUACGAGACGGGGGUCGCCGUUCAUUAUGCCAGCUGAUUACCGAUGCUAUCUUUACUGAAGACUCCAUUUCCACCCAGGCUUUAGAGAAGUCUGAUUAUUUAUUCGGGGACCAUGCUAAGGAUCCGACUAAAUUGACUCUUGAUGAUGAUCAUUGGUUGAAUGAUGAUGGCGAGAGCCUUUUAGACAUCCCCUCUAUUUCCCAUCCGCAUUCUCUCGCUCAUUUGGAGACGCAGGCUGUGCGGCGACAGAUGUCUUGGAAUCUUACAGAUGACCAUGAUCAAGUUCACUGUGGCUUUGUUUCCCAUCAUAAGACCCCAGGUUCUGAUGGGCAUAAUCAUAUUCGCGGCCUUAGACCGGGGAUUCUGGGACUUGAUAUAGCAUCAUCGGACGAGGUGUCAGUAGCCGUCCAUACUGUGAGGAAUCGUCUGGCUGUGCUUGGGAGGAAGUUACCCCUGAAGGAAUUCAGAUGUUUCAGUUGGUCAUAUUCACCAUCUAAAAAGUAGUGGACUCGUAUGACUAGUUACUAGGGGUGCUAAACCGUAUCUGUA